GAAGAAGACCGGGGGAGGAGGAGGAGAAAGGGGGCGAAAGGAGACCGUAGGAUGUGGAUCUGGUACCUUCUGCUUGGUUCGGGGUCCGGCUCGAGAACAGUUGAGAGCCAGCUUCUCCCGGGGAACAACUUCACCACGGAGUGCAACAUCCCGGGAAACUUCAUGUGCGGCAACGGGAAGUGUGUCCUGGGUGGGUGGCAGUGUGAUGGAUUCCCCGACUGCUUUGACAUGAGCGACGAGAAAGGCUGCCCUAAGGUCAAGUCAAAGUGUGCCCCGGCGUUCUUUGCCUGCACCAACGGCGUCCAUUGCAUCAUCGGACGCUUCCGCUGUAACGGCUUCAGCGACUGUCCUGACGGAAGUGACGAGGAGAACUGCACUGGUAACCCGUUGGUGUGCUUGGAGGCUCGCUUCAAGUGUCGAAAUGGCCACUGUGUAGACCGCAGCUUCCUGUGUAACGGCCAGGACAACUGCCGGGACAACAGCGACGAAGAGCGCUGCCUGACUACUGCAGAAGCCCCGGGGAAGGACUUUGUGACACUGGACUAUCGCAUGCGCUACCACCCGAGCAUCACCUACGCCGUCAUCGGCAGUGCCGUUAUCUUCGUCCUGGUGGUGGCGUUGCUGGCGCUGGUGCUCCAUCACCAGAGGAAGCGGAGCGUCCUGCUGCCCAGAGGUGUAAGAGGAAGCACGCACCACCACCACCAGCCCCUGCUGCUCUCCCAUCUGGUCAUUUUGGACCGGGGCCACGGCCACGCCGGCGGUCCCGGUCUCUCCCCCGGGUCGCCCAGCGGGGGGGUCCAGUACAACUCAACUCCUCAAACACUGCAGCUGCUCUCUGGGAGUCUUUAUCCCUCCAGACUCUCCGUGGACUCCCCUCCGUUAUACGCACAAGCUGUUCUGGAUGUCAGUCGGCCUCCCUGGUUUGAUCUCCCUCCUCCUCCAUACAUCUCCGACGCGGAGCUUUCAUCAGAGGGCGAGCUCCCUCAAUAUGAGGGCCCACAAGACCCUUUGAGCUACACCAGAGUGCAACCCGCAGCCCCCUCCAGACCCAGAACUGAAGCCUCGGGCCCGGAGCCAAACUCCAGCUACAGGGAGGAGUCGGACCAGCUGUAGCGUCGCUCUGUCAGAAAGAGACUGAAGGACUGACGGACCAGGCUACAGGGCCACGAGGCCAGGACAGCCUGCAGAAAAGACCCGACGAAGCCACCAGGACUAAGAAACUGUCUGAUAGUGUCCUUCGCUGCACCAGCGCAUCCUGCUGGAUCAGGUGUCACCAACCCAGUGCCGCGGGCACCAGGUAGCCCGCAAGGACCAUAUGAGGUGCCCGCAGGCUUGUUCUAAAAAUAGCACAACUAGUGAGCGGUCUGAAAAAAAAAAAUUCAUUUUAAAAUAAAUUAUUCUUUUAAUCACACUUGCAUUUAUAUGUACAUGAAAAUGAGAAGAUAUUUAAAAUACAAUAAUUAAAAAUAUUUGUAUAAUACAUGAAAGUUUUGAUAAUUUAGUCGAACUCUGACCUAUUCUAGUUCAAAGGUGAGUGCGGGAACAGCAAUGAUGCGGAGCUGAACGCACAUUCUUACCCCAAAAAACAUGGCAGAAAAAAGGUAGAGAACUUUAAUUUUCACAGUGAAUGGGAGGAAGAAUUCUUUUUUACAAGUGUGAAAGAAAACUGCGUUUGUCUCAUUUGCGGAGCGACUGUGGCGACGGCAAAGCGGCACAACGUGGAGAGACACUUCGCUACACACAAAAGCUACCAAGCUAACUACCCCGCGGGAAGCGCGCUGCGGGCAGAAAAAGCCUGUGAGCUAAAGGCAGCUUUGGGAAAGCAGCAGUCUUUUUUCACAAAGCCGGCAAAGAACUCCCAAAAAGCAACCCAAGCCUCGUUUAGAGCUGCACAUCUCCUGAUAAAGAAGAAGAAGGCCUUUUUAGAAGGAGAAGUUUUCAAAGAAGCAAUGAUGAUUAUUGCCAACACCGUACUUAAAGACGAGAAAAAUGGAACCGAUUUAAUCUCCACUCUCUCCGAUCCAACUGGGAGCAUCGACGAUGACUCGACGGGUGUCAGCUACGUCCACUAACCUGGCCGAGCAGCUGGACCGGGAUGUGGCACGUGCAGGUGGUUUAGCGUACAGUGCGACGAGUCCGUGGACAACAGCAGUACAGCGCAGCUGUCAGUCUUUAUCCGGAUGGUGUUUGAAGAUUUCCCCACAAAAGAAGAACUCCUGGCACUCCUGCCCUUAAAGACAACUAUGAGGGGAGUUGACGUUUACAAGGGGGUGAAGGAGUUUUUCGUACAGAAAAAGGUACCACUGGAAAAGCUAGUAGCGGUGACUACAGACGGAGCUCCUGCUAUGAUCGGCCGUGCAGGUUUCAUCGUGCACUGUAAAGGUGACCCAGACUUCCCAAAACGUCUGCAUUACCACUGCAUCAUUCACCAGCAGGCGUUAUGUGCAAAAGUGAUCGGCUUUGAGCACGUGAAGACUCCCGUUGUGAAAAUCAUCAACAGCAUUCGCUCCAAAGCAAAACAGCACAGGAUAUUCAAGGUGCUAUUGGAGGAGAUGUCAGCAGAAUAUGGGGACCUGUUGCUACACACAGAAAUCCGAUGGCUGAGCAGAGGACGAGUUUUGCUUCGUGUCACUUUUGGGUGAAAUCAAGGAGUUCAUGCAGUCCAAAGGGGAAGACGUCUCGCUGCUAGAGGACACAGAGUGGACACUUGACCUUGCAUUACUAACGGACAUCACUGGGAAACUAAACUACUUGAACUGCGAGCUGCAAGGAAUAGGUAAGACUGUUGUUGACAUGAUAAGCGCUUUAAAUGCAUUUCAAGCCAAGAUGAACAUUUUCUCUGUGCAUUUACAGAGAAAAAAAAUGCUGCACUUUCCCUCUGUGCGAUCGGUGCUAAAAGACAAUGCUUCUGCAUCUGAGGAAAUGGACAAAGUUGCAGAAAAGUACUGUCAAGUCAUAAACAGACUUGGACAAGGAUAGGUUUUGUGACCUUAAUCAGCUUGAGCCAUGUGUCUCAUUCAUCUCCAAUCCUUUCAUGAACAAGGACAUAACUGACAUUGCUGAGCAACUAAGUGCAACGUUCAACUUGGAUGCUGCACAGGUGGAGAUUGAAAUUGUAACAUUGCAAAAUGACCUGCACCUCAAAGCCCACCAGGCUGCACCAAACUUUUGGAGCCUUGUUGACACAGAAAAGUACAGUGGUGUAAGCACAGCAGCUAUGAAGGUUGCCGGCCUGUUUGGUUCAACCUAUCUCUGUGAAUCAGCAUUUUCUGACAUGAACGUCAUCAAGAACAAACACAGAACCCGCCUCACACCUGCAAGACUCACUCAGAGUUGCAGUGUCAAGUUACACACCAGACUACAAUACACUGGUGAACAGCAUGCAAUGCCAGUCUUCCCACUAACAAAGAAACAGAUACCAUGUGAUGUCAGUUGCAAAGCUGAAUCAAAAUAGGAUAUACUGUCUUCAAUUUAAUAGGGUUAGUGAAAUGUAACAGAUAUCAUUUUGUAAAAAUUCAGCAGACUUUGUCAUUAGUUCAACAUGUGAUUAGAUGUAUUUGAAAAUAUGUAAGUUGAUUUUUCUUAAACAUUACAUAAUUGAUAACUUUUUCAAACAAGGUGCAAUACAUAAGUAAUGAUUUGUUAAAAGGGUUUGUCACUAGCAAGUGAAAUAAAAAGAUUUUUCACAUGAAAUGUUGUGGAUUUAAAUUCGGAAAAUGGUGUUCAAUAGAGUAUUCAUGAAAUGUAAAAGAUUAUUUUGUAAAAUGAUUAGUGUCUUCACAUAGAUGAGUAUCAUUAAUCAUUAAUAAUAUAUAACUAAAGGCAAACAGAGCAACUUUGUUAUUUCAUGAGAGUGUAUCAAAAUGGGUGCCCUUAGUAUGACUCAGUAUCCAUGAAGUAGCCCUCAGGUUCAAAAAGGUUGGUGACCCCUGUGCUGGACUGAUCUUCUGCGUUGGCUCCCCCUAGUGGGGGCUCGGCUGCACAUGCAUCAACAUUAGUUCGACAUCUAUGGUGUUUUCCAUCGUGGGAUGUUGGUUGCGUUCAUAAUUAGGUAUAAAAAUGAUGUACUGUCAUUUUUAUGUAUGUACUGUGAGAAAUACGGGCUAUAUUUGAUGAUUUUCAAUCAUUUAGCGACAUGUUGAAGCCUUGUUCUUAUAAAAGUUGAUUCCAUGUUCGGAGUAAAUAUAAAGCAAUUGAAUGCAGUAGUGUGUUUUGAUUUCUCAUUUCUCAACAGUUAGAAUCUUUUUUUCCAGUGUUGAUGUGAACAGCGACCCGAUAAUAUGUCUACAGUGGACUUGUAGUAAACACAUAGUUACUUAGAGUUUUUUCAAAGUUAUUUUGAAAGAUAUGAGAAAUAUUUCUAGAUGAGAAGUGGAAGUCUUUUUUAGAAAAAAACCUACAAAUUCAGCAAUUCUGUAUGUCAUUAAUGUUGAAAUAAUGUAGAAAUGAUGUGUAUAUCUAUGUGUAUAUAUACAUAUCUGUAUAUAUAUAUAGUAAGUUACAUCAUUCCUCUGAGCAGAGAUUCACGUGUCUUUUUCAGUUUGAAGACCAAUUAUGUUUUAUGGAGACACAAAAAGAUAUGUAAAAACUUUUGUAUGUAAAAAGAUUUAUUUUUGGGCACAGAUUUUGAACAUUUAAAGACAGUAGCCUGGUAAGCUCACAUGACAACAUUCAUUUUAAGAAUAUUGUCUCUUUAAUAAGUUUUUUUAUCUCAAAAAGUAUUGGUAUAUCAUCUUGUCUGAUGACGGUAUUAUACAAUGACCAUCCAAGCAUAUCGGAAGGAUCUGUGUUUAUAAAUCUGAUGUCAUCUUCAAACACUGUAAACAGAAGGUGAGAGAAGUAUAGAAAUUUUAAAAAAAAGUCUUUACAGUGAGACACGUGUAAUGUCCCCUUGUUUCGAAUAUUUCUGUUGCUUCAGAGACAGAUGUAAAUAAUAAACCAAAAGCUAAUCAUCAUUAUUAACAUUCACAUGGAACCCUCCAAAGGAACCAUCAUGCAUCCCACCAACUGCCUGUAUCUUUAUUAAAUUAAAAUGCAUGUUAUCUGAUAUAGUA